GCUCCAGGAUUCAGGAAUUCAGGUAAUCGGUAGAAUCUAGGCAAAAAACGACCAUUUUUGCUGCGUGCUUGGCUUAGCACCUCAAAUCUCCUCCAGACUCUGACUCCGGGCUUAGCUUGCGCUGCUGAUUUACGGCUUCAGGGCUGUAAGGAGCUUGGACCUUGGGCAAAUCGCAGCAGCCACGUCGCAGAACAGAUUCGCGCGGCGAGUCAGCUCUGUUCUCCCCUCUGGUCUUUCCCUUGUCAAUCAAAGAAGCACGCUCUUCUUGUGCCACUAACCACGGCGCCAAGAUUUCCAUCCCGUAGUUUCCCUCGCGUAUUUAUUCGCGGAAAUAGCCGUUCGUGUCACGUGCCUGACCAUCCUGCUGGCGCCUGGAGGGCCCGAAAUUCGCCAGAAUCACGCAGUCCUCUCGCAUCCAGCAUACAUUACUGUCCAAAGCGACUGACCUCCUCGUCCCCCCGCGUCUCCCCGCGUGUCUCCUUCCGCCGUGCCCGGCAUGAGCACGGAAGCGCGCGGCAACGGCAUGGGGAAGAUCGCAGAAGCGGAGGAGGCAGCGGCACGGCUGGCGAAUGCGGGGGGGCGGCCGUGGGAGAUCCGCCUCUCGGGGGAAUCAGAUGAGCGGAAAAGCGCGGCGGAGGGAACCGCGGCGGGCGCGGAGGCGGCGGAGAACGGCGGGGGGAAGAUGUCUCCGAAGCAGCAGGGACAGCAGGACCAUCAGCAGUCGGGGGAGGCGGAGAGGGAUAAGGGUGGAGCGACGGACGAGGAGGAAGAGGAGGAUAAGAUGUACGGCGGGCUGCUGAGGCUGCGGAUGAAGAAACUGUCGGUCAGCUUGAACCAGCCGCGAAUGAGCACAUGGGAGGUGGACCGCGAGGGGCAUGCGACCACCAGCGGGAAGGGGGGGGGAGGGGGGCGGGGGAAGGGCAGGGGGAAGGGGGAGGGGGAGGAGAAGGGGGACGGGGCGGGGGCGGAUGGGCGGAAUGCGCCCGCCCAGAGCAGCGCGGAUGACAUGGAGCCUGUGGUGCUGACGCCCACUGCUCGAUCUGCAACCAACUCCCCUCGGCACCACCACACACCAAACGUUCGGUCUGCAGCCCACUCUCCCCGCCACUACUCCCCCAGCCUGACCAUCCGCUCCGGCCUGACCACCCCGAUGGGGUCGGCGCGCGGAUCAGCGGCGUUCAUGGUGGACCAGAUGGUGGGGGACGCCUGGGACGUGCUCCGGCACUCUCUGGUGCUCUUCCGAGGCAAGCCUGUGGGGACCAUUGCGGCGAUGGACAACACAGAGUCGGCCCUUAACUAUGACCAGGUGUUUGUGCGUGACUUUGUGCCGAGUGCGCUGGCGUUUCUGAUCAACGGGGAGCACACCAUCGUGGAGAACUUCCUCCUCAAAACCCUCAGGCUGCAGGCAUGGGAGAAACGCGUGGACGUGUUUACCCUAGGAGAGGGAGUCAUGCCCGCGUCCUUCAAGGUGCUGCACGACCCUGCUCGCAACACCGACACUAUGAUCGCGGAUUUUGGAGAGAGCGCCAUUGGGCGGGUAGCGCCUGUGGACAGCGGCUUCUGGUGGAUCUUCCUGCUGAGAGCUUAUGUCAAGGCCACAGGUGACCAGGCACUGGCUGACUCCCCCGACUGUCAGAGGGGCAUGCGGCUGAUCCUGGACCUGUGCCUGGCGGAUGGCUUUGACACCUUCCCCACGCUGCUGUGCGCUGACGGGUGCUGCAUGAUUGAUAGGCGCAUGGGCAUCUACGGCUACCCCAUAGAGAUCCAGUCUCUCUUCUACAUGGCGUUGAGAGUGGCGCGCACGCUGCUGCGACCAGACCUGCCAGUGAACAAGGAGCUCCUAGACCGCAUCGACAAGCGGCUCAUCGCCCUCACUUUCCACAUGAGAACCUACUUCUGGCUGGAUCACGAGCAGCUGAACAGCAUCUACCGGUACAAGACGGAGGAGUACUCGCACACGGCGGUGAACAAGUUCAACGUCAUUCCUGACUCCAUCCCCGACUGGCUCUUCGACUUCAUGCCGCUCAAGGGCGGGUACUUCAUCGGCAACGUGUCUCCGGCACGCAUGGACUUCCGCUGGUUCGCCCUGGGCAACUGCGUAGCGAUCCUUGCCUGCAUGGCAACGAGCGAGCAGGCAGCAGCGAUCAUGGACCUUAUAGAGGAGCGCUGGGACGAGCUCAUAGGGGAGAUGCCCCUCAAAGUGACGUACCCGGCUCUAGAGGGCCACGAGUGGCGGAUCACGACGGGGUGUGACCCGAAGAACACCCGCUGGAGCUACCACAAUGGGGGGUCCUGGCCAGUGCUCCUCUGGAUGCUCACAGCAGCCAGCAUCAAGGUGGGCCGCCCCCACGUGGCGCGCCGUGCAAUAGACGUAGCAGAAAAACGGCUCUCCCAGGACAACUGGCCCGAGUACUAUGAUGGGAAGCUGGGGCGGUACGUGGGCAAGCAGGCGCGCAAGCAACAGACGUGGAGCGUGGCGGGGUACCUUGUGGCAAAGAUGUUGCUGGAGGAUCCGAGUCAUCUGGGUAUGGUGGCGCUGGAGGAAGAGAAGAUGCUGCAGCAGCCCGUUAUUACGCGGUCGCACUCGUGGAAGUUUUAAGUCUGGAGAGCAAGGGGGUUGUGAAAAAAACAAGUACCUAGUGGCGGAAAUGAUGCUGGAGGACCCGAGCCAUCUGGGUAUGGUGGUGCUGGAGGAAGAGAAGAUGCUGCAGCAGCCAGUUAUUACGCGGUCACACUCGUGGAAGGUCAGAGGGGGAUGGGGAAGGGGAGGGGGAGGGGAGGGGGGAGGGGAGGGGGGAGAGGUGGGGGGGGUUACAGGUACCUGGUGGAAGAUCGGAGCUGUUAGGGCGUUGGAAGAGUAGAUGAUGCUGCAGCAGAGGUGACUUUUGAGUCGAAUCAAAAGUCACUGCAGCAGCUGGUCAGCACAUCCCACACAGCCACACAGACGUUGAAAUUCCGAGUGAACGAGGAGGGGAUGGGGGUGGUGGGAGCCAGACGGAGGUGAGUGGAGAUUGAUGAGGAUUGGGAUGAUGACAUGCAAAGACCUUGACAUGUAAAUUUUGGUGGGAGGAAUAUCCAAAGCUCUAAGAGAAACAGCUGUUGUGGAAGUGGAAUUGCCAUAUC